AUGGCAGAGAUCGUACACUAUAACAGUCACUUACAAGAAAUAGAGUUGACAACGCCGAGGCAAGGCGGUCUAUCGACGACGACCACAAACACAGACGGGACGGACAUGAUCAACUCACACAACGGUGAAGGAGAGCGAGCUCUGAAAAUGUGUUUACCAAUGUUUCCGAUGUGUUUCGCUGCGACAUGCCUCAUAUUCAACAUCGUCAUACCAGGAUCAGGGAGUAUCCUUGCUGCAUUUGGAGCCUUGUUUUGUUGCAAUAAAACCUCAUUUGGUCUAAGAGCGGCGCAUUUUUGUUUCAAUUUCUGGUGUGGUAUAUUCCAGUUAGCGUUCGCCAUUCUCAUAGUGGGAUGGAUAUGGAGCGUUCUAUGGGGACUUAUGUAUGUAGGUUUUGCACUUGAUGAUGACGAAAAAGAUGAAUAUGGAGCUAGUCGAUCUAGAAGAAAUAACGUCCGUCCACAUCCUGCCACCGUUUAUCCUUAUCCGCCCAUGGCCUCGCCACCUCCACCGCCUGGAUCGCCUCCGCCGUCAUUGCGUCCAGGCAGUCCUCCUCCUUCUUAUAACGAAGCUAUGCAGUUCGAACCGCCAACUGAGGAAGCUCUUGUUGCCGUCCAAAAUAGAUACGGACAUUUUACAACUGUCAGUAUCCCUCCGCCGUCACAGACUAUUUACUACUCUGAAAACGGUGCCCAGACUUCCAGCCAAUCAACGACAGAUCCACCCGUGGAUUUCCACACUCCUGGACAAGUGCCUACAGAAACGACAUAGUCGGAACAAUGACGAAAAAGUACAACUGGGGGAAAGACUAUCUAUGGAACAAUAUUUUUUUAUAUAAAACAUAUAUUUAAAAAAAUAUGAAACAGUGAUAUCAGACAUAUUGUAACCAGUCAUCAGUGGAGGAACUUUAUCUUUAGGAUACAUCUCGGCAACACAGCAGUGGACAGUGGAGUCACUUCCACUCAAGGUCCAUGCAUUGGUACCCAUGUUACAGCUGUCGCCUUUUGUAAAAACCGAGAAUGUUUUUUUUUAUAUACAAUGAUUUUAUUUGCAGCAAAGGAACAUAUGCAUGUCAUGGUCUACAUAUAGUAGUACGAAAGGUCUGAACAACUCUUGUUGUCAUCAUUUCUAUAUCAACCCGCUACAUGUCAAUAAUUCCCUCAAUAGCCACAUACAAUUACCAACCCGCCAUAUUCCAACGUUCAUCGACAAUAUCUACUUACAUAUAUAAUAACUUCAUUGCACUGCCACCUUGUCCAAUAAUCUCUACAUAUCGACACAUAACAUUCCCAUACACAGUAUCUCAUCAAAUUUACAUAUUCAUUCCAUACUCUCCACAUACAUUUAUCAACCCACGGAAACCCACGCCACCGUCAUAGCACCCACAUGUACACACACAUUCAAGGAAACCCACGCCACCCUCAUAGCACCCACAUGUAAACAUACAUCCAAGGAAACCCACAACACCCUCAUAGCACCCACAUGUACACAUACAUCCAAGGAAACCCACGACACCCUCAUAGCGCCCACACAUACAUCCAAGGAAACCCACGACACCCUCAUAGCACCCACAUGUACACAUACAUCCAAGGAAACCCACGGCACCCUCAUAGCGCCCACACGUACACAUACAUCCAAGGAAACCCACGACACCCUCAUAGCGCCCACACGUACACAUACAUCCAAGGAAACCCACGACACCCUCAUAGCACCCACAUGUACACACACAUCCAAGGAAACCCACGCCACCCUCAUAGCACCCACAUGUACACAUACAUCCAAGGAAACCCACGACACCCUCAUAGCACCCACACAUACAUCCC